AUGGGUAAUACUUCUUUGAUUCACUCUAUUCAUCGACAGGAUGACAGGACACUUGAUGCUCAAGAUAGUGAUAUUAACAGGAGGCGUAGGGAUGAUGACAGAAAUAAUUGUAAUCGUGGCGGUAACCAUGAUACAAUUCAUGAGUAUAAUAAUUUCAUGAAAUGCAAGCCGAAUAUUUUCAAGGGUGGUCACAGUCCGGUGGCCAAUAGACGUUGGAUUAUGCAUAUGGAAGUGGUAUUUGAAUCUUGUGAUUGCCCAGAGAAUAAGAAAGUGUUGUUUGCCUCGAGAAUGUUUGAGGAUGGUGCUUUGGAUUGGUGGAAUACUCGUCGCACUAUUUUGGGCUCAGCUUACAUUUCUAGUAUGACUUGGCAGUCUUUUGUUGGGUUAUUUGAGAGGGAGUAUUGCACUGCCAGGGACUUGGAGGUGUUGGAGCAGUCGUUCUUGACUCUCAAAAAGGGGGAUAAAUCUGUGGAAGAGUAUGCUAAGUUGUUUAUUGAGAAAAUGACAUUUUGUCCACAUUUGUGCGCUACUGAAGCAGCUACUGUUACUCGUUUUGUGAAUGGGCUCCCAGCUGAGUAUCGUGGGUUUUGUAAGGGUAAGACUACAUUGAGUUUGGCUGUUGAUGAGGCCAAGCGUGUGGAGUAUGAUUUGGGGUCCAAGGUUAGGAAGGAUGGUAAUUCUGGCUUCAAAAGGAGCAAUGAUAGGUCUUCAGGGUCCAAUAAAAGGUUUAAGGGUAAUUCUUCUAAUAGCAACAAUUAUAAACAGUUGGGAAGUUGGUGCGUACAGUGCAAAUCGAAGCAUACUGGUCCGUGUUUUCUUAGUACUAUGAGUUGUAGCAGGUGUACCGGUAUGGGACAUCUUGCUAAGGAUUGUACAACCGAGCCUCGUUGUCAUUAUUAUGAUGAGGUAGUUAGUGGUACAUUUAUUGUUAAUUCUUCUCUUGCUAAUGUGUUAUUUGAUUCUGGUGCAAAUAGAUCUUUUGUGUCUACUUUAUUUGCUCCUAAGCUUGGUAAAUUCACUCGCCUGUUAGAUAAACCUAUUGAGGUUGAGAUAGUUAAUGGUCGUACUUCUAUGGUUCGUGAUGGGUUCUUUGAUUGUUCUGUAGAGAUAGAGGGUCGUUCUUUUUCUAUUGACUUGUUGCCUACUACUGCAGCUAGCUUUGAUAUUGUUGUGGGUAUGGAUUGGAUGUCUAAGAAUGGCGCUGUUACUCUCUGUUCUAAGAAGAUUGUACGUAUCACUACUCCCGAUGGUAGUGUGGUUUCAGUUUAUGGUGAUAAAGAAAAGGGCAGUGUGAAGAUUAUUUCUCUUGUGAAAGCUCUUAGGUGUAUCCGACAGACUAAGGAUCAUUCUGGUCAUUUUCUAGCUUAUGUGAUUGAUUUACGAAAGGCUAAUCCUUCUAUUGCUGGUAUUGAUGUUGUAGCUGAGUUUCCUGAUGUCUUUCCAGAUGAUCUUCCUGGUCUUCCUCCUGAUAGGGAAGUAGAGUUUCAUAUUGAUCUUAUUCCUGGUGCUACCCUUGUUGCUAAAGCACCUUAUCGUCUCGCUCCUACUAAGAUGAAGGAGUUGAUGUCUCAGCUACAAGAGUUGCUUGAUAAGGGGUUUAUUUGUCCGAGUUCCUCACCUUGGGGUGCUCCUAUUCUGUUUGGUGCUUCUUAUUUUUCUAAGAUUGAUUUGCGGUCUGGUUAUCAUCAGUUGAAAGUGGAUGGAGAAAGUGUUGCUAAAACAGCUUUUCGUAUUCGUUAUGGGCAUUAUGAGUUUUUGGUCAUGCCUUUUGGAUUGAUUAAUGCUCCAGCUGCUUUCAUGGAUCUCAUGAAUCGUGUUUGUCGGCCUUAUCUUGAUCAUUUUGUCAUUGUUUUCAUCGAUGACAUUCUUAUUUACUCUAAAUCUAUUGAAGAGCAUCGUAAGCACUUGAGGACUGUUCUUGAGGGAGAAUAA